AUGGCGUCAAAAACGCAUGUAAGUCGAAAGCCCCCACCAGUCCAAAAAAGAAAGAAAGACGAGGAGAAAGAAGAGGAAAAAGUUCCUAAUGAAGAAUCUAGUGAUGAAUCUCCAGAGCCAAACCCCCCUCCUCAGAAGAAGACAAAAAACAAGAGGGUCUCUUCCCAAAGAUCCAUUGUUAAGUCAGCUAAGAAAGAUUCUUCAAGUUCUCCAACUGCCAAACUUCAAUCGAAGGAUACAGAGAGUGGGAAAUCUAGUUUUAAUACUGAGAUUCCUGAGAAACAAUUGGCUGUCGAAAGAAAACCUACAGAUAAAAACACACCAAAACCUAAUAGUGGUUCUGCUCUCAAAACUGUCAGCUCGACGUCCACUUCUCCGAAGGAUUCGAAAAAAGGAUCAACAAUGGAGAUGGCGCAGACAAAAAUUAAUCCUGAACCUGAGAAAACUCUGGAAGAGACAGUCCACGAUGAAGAAAUCCCCAAAAAUGAUCAUGGCAGGCAGAUUGUAGCAGAAUUCGACGCUACAAUGAGUGAAGCUUCUGAAGACGAUUCACCUCCUCAUCCAGGAUUAAAUGUUGCAAAUAAGGGUGAUGACACUGACAUGGAAACUGGGGUUGAAGAUGACCAUGAAGAAGAAACUGCUAAAGAUGAGGAUGACCAGUCGAAACAACCGGAUGCUGGGCAAACUUUAGGGCGAAGCACUCAACCCGUUCCUGACCAGACCAAAGGAAGUGUCGUAUCAACUGGUUCGACUGGUUUCUCUCGCGAAGAGCUUGAGAGUCUCAAGGUGCAUAGACCCUUAGAAUAUCUGAAGGCCAUGCUUAGCGCUCGUCACAAUUUUCAAGAUUCUUCGCAAAGCAGUUCGACUACCUCUGGGGCCACUUCUGAAGCGCAAUCUCUUGACAACAUUUUGACCAAGAUUAAGAAGAAAAUCCUUGAUGUUGAUUUGUUCAAACAAAUCUCCACAAAAUCCGAGACUCAAAUUUCUGAAUGGGAUGCUGUUGGUACUUCGAUUGACGAAGUUUCAAAGCUGCAGCAGCUUUCUGAAACUUAUAUCAAAGAAGUUACUGCUUGUGAUGAUAAUAUCCAGAAAUGGGAGAAACAAAUAGCUGUUCUUCAAGAAAAAAUCUCCCAAGAGAAAAAACGCAGAGCAUCCAUACAGCAACCUAAGCAAAAUGAGAUUGACGACGAACUGAAGAAAAAGAAAUUUGCCACAUUGAAGGAAGCUUUUGCUAGUAUCAAAUUGUAG